AUGGCCGACGAUCACGACUACCAUAUCCAGGACGAGGUGCUCCAGCACUCUCUUACAAACCGAGAAGACUUUUGGCGCCAUCAGGCCGAACACCUCCACUGGCACAAACCAUUCUCUGCUACCAUUCGGCUGACCAAGAAGACCCUCAAGAGCGGUGUUACGCAUGACAGCUGGGAGUGGUUCCCAGACGGCGAGAUCUCCACCUGCUACAACUGUGUUGAUCGUCAUGUUCUCGAUGGCCAUGGUGAAUCUGUCGCCGUCUACUUCGACAGCCCCGUCACCAACACGAGGGAAACAUACACCUAUCGUCAACUGCUUCAUGAAGUUGAGACUCUCGCUGGUGUCCUCAGAGAGCAGGGGGUCGAGAAGGGCGAUGUUGUUAUGCUCUACAUGCCCAUGAUUCCCGCCGCAGUGAUAGGCAUCCUUGCCAUUAACCGACUUGGUGCCAUCCAUUCGAUCGUCUUUGGUGGCUUUGCACCCAAUGCCCUGGCGCAACGCAUUGAUGCUUGCCACCCUGUCUUGAUCUUGACAGCCUCUUGCGGAAUCGACGGCAACAAGCCCCCAAUUGCUUAUCAACCCCUGGUCGAGGAGGCCAUUGGCCUGUCAACCCACAAAACCGGCAAGGUCCUCAUCUGGCAACGAGACCAACUCAAAUGGAAUGUCAACCGCAGAGCGGGUCAGCUCAACUGGCAGAGUCUCGUCGGCAGUGCUCACUCUCGUGGAGUGAAGGCGGCUUGUGUGCCUGUCCCAAGUUCCUCACCUGUCUACAUCAUUCACACUUCUGGCACUACUGGCACUCCCAAGGGAGUGUUGCGAGAUGCUGGCGGCCAUGCUGUUGGUCUGCACCUGUCCAUCAGCUAUCUAUUCAACAUUCACGGCCCUGGAUGCGUGUCCUUCACGGCUUCAGACAUCGGCUGGAUCGUUGGCCACUCCUACAUCGUGUAUGGUCCUCUCCUGACUGGUGCCGCAACUGUCCUAUACGAGGGUAAGCCCGUUGGAACCCCUGAUGCAUCUGCGUUUUGGGAUAUUAUCAGCCGGUACAAAGUUACCACUCUAUUCACUGCGCCUACCGCCCUCCGUGCCAUCAAGCGUGAGGACCCCGAGAACCACUUCUUCAUUGAGUAUGGAAAGCGAGGAGGCCUCAAGACUCUCAAGGGUCUUUUCCUUGCUGGCGAGCGUUCUGAGCCUACAUUGAUCGAGAUGUAUCAAGAGCUCAUGACCAAGUACUGCGCGUACAACGCUCAUGUAAUCGACAACUGGUGGUCAACUGAGGUCGGCUCCCCCAUCACCGGGCGUGCGCUUGUUCCUCAUGCUGGCAAGCACAGAAAGACGGACGUCCGUGGACACCCCCCUCCUCAAUUGAAGGCAGGUAGUGCCGGCAAGGCUAUGCCGGGCUUUGACGUUCGCAUUGUCGAUGACGAGGGUGUUGAGGUGGAAAGAGGGUGCAUGGGCAACAUUGUCCUGGCAAUGCCCCUGGCUCCCACAGGUUUCCGAACUCUUUGGAAGGACGAAGAGCGCUUCUGGAAGGGUUACCUGAAGAGGUUCGAGGGCAAGUGGCUUGAUACUGGUGACUCUGGCUGGAUCGACCAGCAGGGUUAUAUCCAUGUCAUGGCUCGAAAUGAUGACGUUCUGAAUGUCAGCGCACAUCGUCUGUCUAGUGGCUCUAUCGAGCAAGCUAUUGCUUCUCACCCCCUAGUUGCUGAGGCAUGUGUUGUUGGCAUUCCUGACUCCCUCAAGGGUCAACUUCCCUUUGCUUUUGUCACACUCUCGCUGAGGGAUCACCCUGAAGAUGCGGUGCCAAGCCAGGAGCUCACCAAGGAGAUCCAAAAGCUUGUUCGUGGUCAGGUUGGUGCCAUCGCAACACUGGGCGGUAUUAUCCAGGGCAAGGGCAUGAUUCCCAAGACACGAUCGGGCAAGAUACUCCGACGAGUGUUGAGAGAGAUGGUGGAGAAUGCUGUCCACGGCGAACUUGCCAAGGAGGUAACGGUGCCUAGCACUAUCGAGGAUUCGUCCACGGUAGAGGUUGCUCGUUCCAAGGUCAGCGAGUAUUUCCAGAAGAUGGGAGCCAAGCAUGGAGAGGUGGACGGCAUGAUCAAGGCUCGGCUGUGA